CCGGUAUAUCCCAGCUAUUAGAAGCGUGGAGGCCUGCUUGCUUAAACAUCGUGAAAAGUGCAAACGGUUGAACCGGAUAAAGUUAAAGCGUAGAAGUUUUAACAAGAAUGAUUUGGCUACGUAUAUGGGCUGUUGCUAUGAUGGUGAAGCCCACAACAUGUGUGGUAGACAGGGUGGGGAGACUGGAGCGUCAGAUAAGACUACUGGUGAAAUCUUUGCAGUCCUACGUUGAUGUGAGAAUUGACACAAUAGAAGGAGAAUUUGGUUCAUUAACUGAUAGAGUUUUAAAGCUUGAAUCACUUGUUAAUACGCCAGAUAACGAUAGUGUGGAUAUUGACAGUAACGGUCCAAGGACUUGGCAUACUAAAGGAAUAUCAUAUACAAAAUCUGAACUGAACGACAUAAAAAGUACGCUCACAAUGUAUGAGCAUUCGUUUUCAAAACAGAAAAAGGAAAUGAUUGAUGUAAAUUAUGUUGUAAAGGACACUUUGGCUGUUUUCCUUUCGAACGCUUCCUCAGCUGUUAAUAGCUUGGUCAACACUGUUAGUGACCAUGUGCAACACAGCACUGACAAUAUAUCGGCUACUUUGGAAAAGGUAAACAAUACAUUAGUUGAAAGUGGGCGGUUGUUGCGCUCUGAUAUUUUAACAUAUUUGAGCAAUAUUAGCUCCGAAGGUAAAAUUGACAUGAUCAUGCGUUUUGAAGAAGAAAAACAAGAACACAAUAACACAUUGUUUACUUUAAAUUCUCGUGUUCUACAUCAUAUCGCUAAUGAAACAGAAAGUCUUGAAAUAUUUAAAACAAAUUUACUUAAAGACGUAUAUGCAACACGGGAAAAUGUCCAAAACGAAACAAUUGAGAUGGAAAAGAAGGUUGAUGACUUAAUAGGCAAAGCAAAUGACGUUGUUGGAAACAUUGAUGAGCAGAGAUCUACAAUAGAAGACGGUAUUAUGGUCACCAUCAGGGCGCUUCAUAGUUUCUGGAGUGACUGGUCUGCAUGGUCCGACUGUUCUCAGUCAUGUGACACGGGAAGCAGAAGUAGAAAUAGGAAAUGUGAUGUAAAUCCGCCUUUAAAUGAUAGCAUCUGCAUUGGAAAUGAAACAGCUACAGAAGAAUGCGUCAUUCACGAGUAUUGUCCAUUUGACGGCAGCUGGUCACUGUGGGGUUCCUGGGGUCAGUGUGACGUCACAUGCGGUAACGGAACGAUGACACGUGAUAGGACAUGUGACAGCAGAGCGCUAGACCAUGACGGAGACGAAUGCCAGGGAGACAAAGAGCAGACGACCUCAUGCGUGGUGAAUCAAUGUCCAGUUGACGGAGGUUGGAGCGAAUGGUCAUUAUGGGGCUCCUGUAGCUCUACCUGUGGAAUAGGAAUGGAACGACGAGAACGUACCUGUGACAACUCUUUGCCAUCCAAGGACGUCAACCACUGCUUCGGGGAUAGUGGUGACAACCGGCUAUGUAUCGACAUUCAGUGUCCAGUGGGUUGGACCUCGUGGUCCGAUUGGAGUUCUUGUAGCGUUACAUGUGGAAUAGGUCAAAGGCAGAAGUCAAGGUCGUGUCAGAACCCGUCAGCUUCUAUCAUUAACAAUAAGUGCCCUGGGAACGUUGAAGAAAUCCAGAUAUGUUCGUCUUCAUCAUGUACCGUGGGUUGGACCUCUUGGUCGGCUUGGAGUUCAUGUAGCGUUACCUGUGGAACAGGUCUACAGAAGAGGUCAAGGUCAUGUCAGAAUCCGAUGACUUCCCUGAUUAAUGACAGCUGUUCUGGUGACCCAACACAGUUUCAAACAUGCGCAGACAUAACAUGUGUGUAUUUCCGAUUCAUAACAUGUAUCUAUUUAAUACCAUUUACAUUGUUAUUGCUAUUUAUAAUUGACUUCAAUUCUUCUUUUAGUUAGGCAUGACUGAAAAUA